CCAUGUGUCCACACUUAGCUUCUGAACUCUGGGCAGGUUUGUCUCAGGUGAGGAAUCCUCUAGGAAGUGUGCUGUCGGGGAAGGGAAGUGUGCUUCAGCAGCCAUGGCCUAGUGUGGAUCCAGAGUACCUACAAACACCUGACACACUGCAGCUGUCCAUACGGAUCAAUAAUAAGGCGUGUGGGAGUGUAUCUGUACCUCGUGAAGUGGCUCAGGACGCACAGAAGGUUCAGGAACUGGUGCUGAACAGCCCUCUGGGUGUCCGUCUGCUCUCUGAGCAGGUCAUUAAGAAGGCCAUCCUCUCGCCCAGAACGGCCCUCAUCUACUUCCUGGAGGACGAAUGACAUGAUGUGCCCUACAGGGGUUCUGAUUUCAGAAAGAACCGUACGUGAAAAGACUCUGAUAUCCACAGAGCCACGUCAGGAAAACAGCUGGUUGAGGAUUUUUUGAAAAGGAAGCAAAGAAGGACAAUGGUGUACUGAGUAAUUUUUUUCAGUUUUACAAGAUGUUCUUUUUGAGUUGAAAAUGAAAACGGCUUCGCUCUUUGCUGCUAAAUAAAGAGGAUUUUAGGCGAUUUUCAGUUUAUGAGAUACAUUUUUUGUACCCAGCCCCACCUCUCAGCCCUCGUCACCUCAGACUCCAGGCCGGUCUGGCGGUGUUAGUGUUUUGUAGCGAGCUAUUUCUGAACGCCCAGUUUUAGCCUGACAUUACAACACCUCUGCUCUGACAGACCUGCACUGCCUGAAAUGGAGAUGUGGAGGUCAUGCUGUGCUUUCAGACAACAGUGGGAUUCCUGCUGGGUCUCAUAACCAGCGUCUCAUCAAACACUCACUUACUGUAGCUGACUCACUGUCCUGUAUGGAGUCUUUAGUUUUUUAACAUCCUGGCUGUGGUGUUAGAGCACGUACACACUGAAGAUCACACAAUGUCAAACACUGUCAAGCAAAUGAUUUCAGUGGGGACGCUGCAUCACAAGUACACUGAGAAAAAUUUUUUUUAGGGUGAGGUAGAAAACAAUAACAAUUUACACAAAAACAAAAUUUGAGAAAUUGUUGAUGCAACUCUGUGCAUCUACGUAUUAACCAAUAAGAAUCACUUCCAACAUACUUAUUUACACAUAUACACAUUUCUAUGCAUCAAUGCGCAUGCGCUUUUACCAGUUUAUGCUUUGAUAAUAAACAAGCAAGUAAAGUUUGGAGUGGAUCUUUGGAUAAAGGCAUCUGCUAAAUGAAUAAAUGCAAAUGCAAAGCAGAAAUAAAAUGGCAUCAUAAAUAGUGUUUUUCAAGCCAUUUCAUAUAAUGCACAUGCACAUUGAAGUCGCGUCAGAUUUUUUUUGCCCAAAUUGCGAAUUGCAUGUGACUGAAGCG